GGGGGAUGGGCGAGGACACAGUUGUUAUGACUGGUGCUUGGCUGCGGGACAAACUUCCAAAGGCCUCGGCAUAUUUUUCUGUUACACCUCAUUGGUCGGUUCCGCCGACGAACAAGGAUCCAAUUUGACGUGAAUCUGUCAAAGAGAGCGGAGGCACUACUGGAACAACAUUUGAAGACGUCUGUCAGCUGUGGCAGUCUACAGCGUGUUGUUAGGUGCUUUUGGAAAAUAGGUUAGUACCCGAUACACCGUUUUAAUGUCACAAUAUAGCUCAGUUGGCAUUUAAAACGCUGUUUCUAUGUGCAUCAUGUUUGGCAUGUGCUCAGGCAUAAUUUAUCCAUCACACUUGAACAAAGUCGAUAGAGUGGACGAAAAUAUCUUCUAUGCAGCCAAUAGUCACGGGUUAAUCGUUACAUUGAGCUUCAGAGUGGCGCUUUGGAACAACAGUAGUUACAGGCGGCAGCUCAUUUCCGCAUGACAGGUCAGCUCACUGUGUCGAAUGUCUGAAGCCGUUGCUGGCUUCUUACCGCCUGGCUUCAGUUUAAAUAUUAUAACCUACCGAUACUAAUGUUUAUGCGAAAAUUAUCUUUCUGAGUUAGCGAUUAAAAAGAUAACAUGGUAUAACUCGAACAAACGAGCUGUGGAAGAUAUCAUCAAUUGAAAGGUUUUUCCAAGUAGGUACGAGAUUAUAGCAACACUGUCAUUAGCAUAGCAUGCCAGUGUUAGCCGCGAAGCUAGCUAGUUAGCUUGUUAGCAGGUUAACAGUGGAGCAAACUGUAGAUUUGAUGCCACACAGCAGAUUUGAUUUAUCAAAGACGCUAAUUUUUCUGCAGUCAAUCGCUGAUGAGCAGUUCUAAAUGACCCCUACAUUAUGGCUGUGUUAAGUCGACUGGCCGGACUAGCAUGUGUGGUGACGGGUUCAGCCGCCGUCAAGGCAAAACUAAUGAUAAGUCGCAUGUUAGCCUAGAAGCUAGCGCUACCAAGUUAUGGCAUCGCAGGGUGGGCACAGUGUUUAAAUGGGCUUUAAAGGGCAAAGUUCCUCUUACAUAAAUCACACAGGCAAAUGCAAAUAUAAAACAAUGUAUUCAUUUAACAGGUAAUAGACAUAUUACCGAUAUUAAUCGUUUCUGUUUUAUCCGAUCAUACACUCAGAGACUCGGGACAUGUGGACAAUUGUAAGCUAACCUCCACACAUCAGGAGUAGAGUUCAUGUAUCGUAGCUGUGGGUUUGGUCAAAUGUGUUGUAUUAUUUAUUAUUAUUAUUAGUAGUAUGAGUUUUAAAGCAUUGCAUCAACUACUUGCGUCCAAAUGGGGCAAGUGAUCCCCUGUUUUGAACUGUGUGGAGAUUAACAAAGCAAGUGUAGUGUCCACCUAUUAAGAGUGAGUUAGGGGGGCUUCCCAUGCUUUCUUGCACUAUUAGCAUCUGGCGGAUUGGCUUUCAUGUAAUGUUCCUGAAUUCUCUUGGAGCAGCAGACUUAAGAAAACACAACUCAUUCAGACCCAAUAGCUCUCAAAAUGCCUUUAUUCUCAAAUGGCUACACAGGAAAUUUAAGAAUGAGUGAGAGAUUCAGCCAGAGAUCGCAGGCUGAAACACAAUACAAGUUGACCUAUUGUGGCACUUUUAGUUUAAGAGACUGUCCUGAUGUAUAGUUAAAAAAAAUCUGCUUUCUCUUCAAGUGAUAUUUGUCAGUGUAUCUAUUAUGGCUUAUUAUGUUGCUGACCCUGUUUCUGUCCUUUGUGAAAUGACACGCCCCUUCGUUCGUAGCACUUUCCCUUUGCUGCCUUUACACCCACACAUUGACAAACAGCUGCUAAACUGUCUGCUCUAAUCAAGGUAAUUUGUCACAUCACUGAUAGAGAAACAAUAUUCUCUGUAAGUUAAUGACUGAGAUCAAAUCGGGUUCGCACAGCUGAACCCUGCUUGAGAAACAUCGUUAAAAAAAUGAUGCUGUGUUUUGAAGGUCAAGAUGAGUUUAAAGCAAGACAGACAGACUUUGUUGACAUUAUGGACAGUAAUGCAACCAUAACAGAGCAAAUACCAUAUAAUUGUAAUGUAAUGUGAUCCUGAUGUAAGUGAGGUGUAAUUCAGGGGUUGGGAUAUGCAUUUAAUUUCUAUCUUUCUCUCUUAGGAGCUCAGAGUUCUUGCUAUGGGUGGCAGAGCCAUGAGGCACAACUGAAGAUAUCUCGAUCACAUGGGUAGUGUAUCUCAUCCAUAUUUUAUCCAUACAUGUCAUUUCUCCUAAUGAAUAUAUAUUAUUUUGCCUUUCUCAGGCUUAUGAUGUAACAUUGUAGCAUUUGGAGUCAAAAAGAGAAGCAAGUGUCUGGUACUCAGAGAGUACUGUACAAACACUGGACAGCCAAGAAAAACAUUUAGAGUCACAUACUCCUCAAAAUAGUAUUUUUUGGCUACUGAUAACCUGUAGGCUUGUUUGUUCAUAAAUCAUGCAUGCAUUGGUCUCAAUAUUAAGAUAAGGAUAAGUGGCAUAUGUUGUUUCUGCAAUAUCAUUUUGAGAGAGUGAGUUCAUGUUAAAAGUAUAUCCAAGGACAGAAGCAAUGAUCACCUAUCAUCCUUUAGCAGAGGACACACAACAAAGGUGUUAUUUUAUUGUGUUCUUGAAAUCAAAGUGUUCCUCUGGGCCUAUUUAUUAGAGAGAUGUCUUCACUGCGUAGCGUUCUCUCUAAUAUUGUUGACACAUCUAUCGUUUUACUUCUACAGCUACCUAACAAUAUUUGCUUGACACUUACUGUAACCAUAAAUCAAUACUAAUGACUUGUUUAAGGUUGAAUAGUAGUAAUCAUAGGUUGGUUGCUGAAAAGGAAAAAUCUGUAACGAGGGACGGAGCAAGGUCCUCAGUGGCAUAGAAACCAACCAGGAAUGAGACAUACGCCUCUUACACAUUGCAAGUCUGCAUCAGCAUCAAAACAUAGUUCCACCCUCACCAAGUUUUUGUACUUGCACAUCACACCCUGUUACGCUGUGAUGUUACUGACCCAGUGGGUGAUUUCACAUCCUAUUACAGUGUUUCUAGAAUGUAAGAGGCACGGCUUGUAAACACAUAACAGGAGUGCUGGAUAUGCAACACACUUAGAUAUGCAUGCAUGCACAGGGCAGUUCUGCCCUAUCAGCUCCACAUCCCCGCUCUCUUCCCCCCAUUCCACCUCUGAUACUACCUCUGAGACAGGAUCAGAGGCAGAACAACUUCACACCACCAUUACGUCCCUGUGCGUCACAAAUUGCAUAUGAGACAUAACAGUGACAUAAAUACCCUGCCUUGAAAUGCCAGUAUGUAACAGCCUACAAAAGCAAACCAGGAUCACCAGACUACUGCUGCUUAUGCAAGAGUGCGCUCGAAGUUCUAAAUGUAUGUUGAAUUUCACUUGUUUUGCCUCUUGAACAAGAACGUACCAAGCCUCGUUGUCAGUCAUGUGAAAAGGAAUGCAGGUUCACAGAGUGUGAGAUCUCUGUUGGCACAGUUCAAAUGUAGUCUGGAGUUGUGGUAAUGUGAGACUGGUGUCAAUGAGUUUAAUGUCUUCAGAGCUCUCCUUAUCUGCCUGAGCCUUCCUAGUGAGACUGACUGCAAUGUCCAGGUGUUGAAUCUUCGCAAGUUUGAGGAUUAUUAAAUAUUCAUUCCAAAGGCUUGAAAAUUGGCUGAAGGUAGCAGUUUACUUGUCUGUCCAGGUCCAACUUGCAUUCUCCUUUGACUUGACUCCAGGCUGUCCCAUCAAACAAGUUAACUUGAUGCAGCAAGGCAAGGAUGUGGUUUUUGCAUGAGCAACUCUUGCACCUAUGGGAGACACAGUGUGUGUUUCUUCCAGAAGCAAUAUGUUGUGUGUAUGUAACCACCUUUUAUUAAGAUUUAUUGAUCAGUGCUGAUGCUCAUAAGCAAUCAAGUACUGGACAUCAUGUCUGAGUAGGGCUGGGCGAUAAACCCAAAAUUUACAGAUACCAAAACAUCGGUAUAUUUAGUGUCAACAAAAUAAGUAAAUAAAAGUUGGUUUUGGAUGUGUGUAGGUAGGUUAUGGUCUCAUGUCCCUUUUAAGAUGCUGUCCUAUGUUGGAGACGUGACUCCACCCCACAUAGUCCGUAACAAAGAUGGAAAGACAGGUGAGGAGAUGGAGGAUGGUUCAAAAGUUGUAGCGGCUGAAGUAAACGAAGUUAAUGUGGGAGGGGUGAGCAGCUUGUGGAGUAGUUAUCGCCUAUUUAUUGUUAACGAGGUGAACUGCUCAAUAUGUCGCGAUAUUGACCUGAGGCCAUGUCACCCAGCCCUAUUUUUAAGACAUCAAACACUUGAUCUGUUCUCAUAGUUGAGCUCUGACAUUGUUCACUGCCCUAGUGUCACCUGUGGAUGUGCAGCGCCAGUUUAGCUCAUUUGGUAGAGCUUAUACAGAGAAGACAGUUGUUGCAGCGGUCAUAAGGUCAGUUCUUGGCCAUGGCGUGAUUGGAUGCACAACCUUUUACCAACUCUGCUCCCACAUUUUGUGUCUCUCUGAAGGUGUCUUAACCAAGACAAGAGGUGAUAAAGCGAGGUAUUUCCACAGCCUCAGUCUUUCUCCUCUAUACCAAGCCCACUUUCUGCUGCAGCAUUUCAAUGCAAGUGUGCGUUAAUCAGGAUGUCAACAGUACAUUAAAAGUGUGUUGGCAAAAGCUUACAGUAGGAGGUUAAUUUGUGGUCACAGUGAACCACCCACAUGUAAUCUCUUUUGUCACUCUUGCGGGCCAAGGACUAUUAAGCUUUGGUUUGUGUUGAGCUCUGUUUUGAUAGAAUAUAGAGAACACAUAUCAAGCACAUUAUGAGAACAUGAACAUGUUUUGUGCAGUGUUAAAUGCACUCUUAUUAUCUGACUGUAUUUGAGCAGAAAAUCAUUAUUCACCAUCAGCAUCAAUAUAAACAAAUUUCUUAAUUCCUCACUUGAAAAGCAUUUGCUGAUUUCUGGUGGCAGCAUAUGUCUCAGUGUGUGAGAAAUCUGAGCUAUAAGGAUUUUUCUGACCUCCUUGUUAGGAUAGCUGAAAGGCCUCUACCAGAUUCCAGGCCUCUUGUUCAGUUGGUCUUGGAUCUAAGCCGCUGGGAUGCGGCAGGAGGCUUGUUGACUUUUUCAGCGGGCUGGCAUGAUGGAAACAGUAGAAGUUCUGUCCCCCGUCCAGACCCCUUGUUUAUUUCCACAGGCCGUUUAAACAGUGUGGGUUCUGCAUAAGCACUGCUGGAUCUAUUAUUGCUGAGGUUUUAAGCCCAUCUAUUCCAGACGUUUGAGGCCCAAAUAGCCCGCCUGAAACAUGCCUGGUAAUUAUUUCCAGUUGUAGGUUAAUGAAUGGAAACUAGUGCCCUGCCUGGAGCCAAGAGGCUCCUGCAGCUAACACAAGUCCUGAGGAAUGAAGUGUUAUUAUUCACUGAACAGUAGAUCACAGUUUGUGUACUUAUCUGUUUAGAAGUAUCAGAUGUAGGUUAAGCCAGGUGAUGGUUUUUUAACCUCUUCCUCUUCUCAGUUUUCAUUGUGUGUGCCAGUUUGGUAAUGAGCUAUGAUGCUAGCUUGUAGUGAAACACCAUCCUGUGUGUGUGUGUGGGGGGGAGAGACAGCUCUCUAUUACACCUGGCUCAGUGCCCCUGCAUGUCAUCCUUCUUGUACUAUCCAUUAAUGCUCCUGUGGGAUGUUAAUGCUCUUGAGUGAUGAAGAUAUUACUCAAGCCUCCUUUCAGCUCAGUUUUAUGGUGAAUAAUACCAUCAUCUCUUUAAAUAAGGCCGCACUGUGGUUUCUUUUACAGGCUCCUAUCCUGUGCUGACCCAAUGGUUUAAUUGCCAGGACUCAAAAUGAGCAUAAGCAGUGAUGAGGUCAACUUCCUGGUUUACAGAUACCUGCAAGAGUCAGGUAAGCCCAACAGAGUAUCUUUCCUGUCCAACACUUUUCAGAACAGCAACCGCAUUCCCUCCUCCUCCUUUACGUAAAGAUGUUAAAUGUUAUUUUAUUCACACUUUCUCUUGACUCCAGUGCGAUGAACUUUAUCUCCGUUCUGUUUCCAAAUUACCCACAUCUCCUCCAGGCUUCUCCCACUCAGCAUUCACCUUUGGCAUAGAGAGCCACAUCAGCCAGUCCAACAUCAAUGGAGCCCUGGUGCCCCCUGCUGCCCUCAUCUCCAUCAUCCAGAAGGGCCUGCAGUAUGUGGAGGCUGAAGUCAGCAUCAAUGAGGUCAGACUCCUCAUCAGUGCAGGAAGAGCUGCAUAUUCAACUCAGAGUUAACUUAUAGUCAAUCUGGUGGAGAGAGAGACGUUUAAAUGUGACAUUUUGAUUUGAUUUGAUUGACUCUGGAUCCACUAUUAGUUACUUUUCCAUUUUCCAUUUUGAACUUAGACAUAUACUUACAUAAGAAUCAUUCUACACUUCAUCCAUACAGUAGCUCUAAUUCUCUCUUGCUUGUUGAAAAAUAAACCAAUACAUAAAUAAGAUGAAGAAAGAAAAGUGAAGAGACAAAAAAGAAAAAACAGAACUUAUUUUAGGGAUAACAAGAAAACUUAAUUCAUCAGAGAGGAGAACUGAACUUCAAUAUGAGUCUUUAUGUCGUCUCUUGCAGGAUGGGACCUUGUUUGACGGGCGGCCUAUCGAGUCGCUGUCCCUCAUCGAUGCUGUAAUGCCAGAUGUAGUCCAGACAAGGCAGCAGGCCUACAGGGACAAGCUGGCUCAGCAGCAGCAGGCGGCAGCAGGAAGUGGCAGCAGCUCAGGGCCCCAGGGAAGCACCAAGAAUGGGGAGGGGGCUGCCAACGGGGAGGAAAACGGAUCCCACGCCUUAGCCAGUAAGCUAGCUCAUGGCUGCGAGCGAUCUCUGAAUCAUCCCUUCACAACAUGUGUUUUUGUUCAUUCUAGUGAAAAGAAAUUCAUUAGGUGUCACAAUGGGCCUGACUUCUAUAUCUUGUCUUAGAGUCACCUCAGUAAUAGCAUAUAUCUUCUCCGAGAUGAGCAUUUAAAGAAGUUGUUGAUUGAUAAAAGAAGGUGAUUGCCAGACAGCCAAGAUGACACCUUGAUAUUAGUCCAUAGAAAGAGCAGAGCUGGGAUGGUGUAUGCAGUAUGCAGUACUAUUGCACAGGUCUGUUUAUCUAGUAACAGUUAGUUAUUAGCGUUUCUUUUGAUUAUCUGCUCAAGUGGAUGUUUGUUCAGCCAUGAUUUGGAAAUCCUACUUCAGUUUCAAUUUUGCUCAAUGUUUUUUGCGUUCGCCUACUUGGCCUGACUGCAGGAACGUAGCACUGUGACUGGAAACAGUAUGCUGAGGUGGGGGGUUCAUGCUUUUCUCCUUGUGAGACCAAUAAAGGAGUGAAAGGAGAAUCUUGUGGCGAAGGACCCAGCUCUAAAAUGUGGCUCUAAGAGCUCUUCGAGAGUGGAAAGUGUGGGUUCUUGCAGAGCCAAAUGAUCUGGAUCAUUAGAGCCUGAAUUCCAACCACAGGCAUCAUUGAAGUUGAUGUUGCUUACUUAAGAAAGAGGAAUGAUCUAAACCAUGCCUUCAUUGAUUGCGGUUCACUCCUUUGUUGGUUUGAGGUAAUCCACGGAUCUUGAAGGAUAUUUUGAGUUUAAUCUUUCACUGGGAGGACCCUCUCUGUAGCAGCAGGAAGGGAGGUGGAUUGUUGACCUCAUUGUCUUUAAAAAUUUCUGAAGCUCUUGACUGACUGUCCGUUUCUCCAUUGUGGAAAAGUCACCAUCUUCUCAUCCUGUGUGACAGCAUCAGUGAGGCAUUUGUGCCAGUUACUUUCAGUGUUGUAUUUGGAAACUCCGGUAAGGGCUCCAACAACUCCGAGCAGUCAGCUGACGCUGGCACGAGCUGCUAGGCUCCGUGCUUUAACUUGCUAGCUUAAUGUAAACUUCCCCUUAAAUGUGGUGUGUUUCCUCUUCUUUCCUAGUUCAAAUAGAUCGUUUUGGCGCUGAAUUUAAAUAUUGCCUCAUCUAGGUUAGCUGGUUUUCAUUUUCCAUUAAGCUGUUUGUUGAAUUGUUCUCAGAAAUGCAGAAGUAAACAUGAGUUGGGAUGAGGUGAUGAGACAGCUGCAGUUGUGUGGUUCUUCUGUGGUUGGCUUGUUGAUACCAGAGUAUUUCAUUUCUGCGGUUACCACGACAGCCGUAUUUUGACAGUUUUCCACUUUUUUCACUUUGUUUGAAAUUGAUUGGGGUCAAUAGAGGUUACCAGCAAAUGGACGAUGACUACUCCACAAACUGCUCACUCCCUCCCACAUUAACUUUGUCUACUUCAGCCCCCAUUUCAGCCACUCCAACUUUUGAACCGACCUCCAUCUCCUCACCUAUCUUUCCCUCUUUGUUACGGACUGGAUGGGGUGGAGUCACGUCUCCAACGUAGGACAGCGUCUUAAAGGGACAAGAGACCAUAGCCUACCUUCACACAUCCAAAACCAACUUUCAUUUAUCAAAUAGUUUUUUUGACAAAGAAUAUACUGAUAUUGGCAAAAUGACGUCAGUUAUUGUCAUAAAUUUCGGUAUCAGUAAAUUUUUGUUUUAUCGCCCAGCCCUAUGUUAUUGUUCAAUGCUCUUGUUCUAUGGUGCUGUUUUAGACUACAUUAGAUGUGAUGCUACAUUCUCUUAGAUUGCGCUAAUCUGUUUCUUAGCUUUUCAACACACACUCAUUCACACUAACACACUCAUAGUUUCUCCUCUCCCCAGUCCUGCUCUCAUUUGUCCACUUGUGUCUGCAUGAUCAUCUGUUCUGCUAUCGCACAACAUGCUGAAGAUACAGCUGUCUUGUGUUAUUUCACUUUUCUGGGAUUUUAUCCCCUGAGGGUCUAAGGUUCAUACACCAAAGUCUCUCCAAGGAAUGAAUUCACAAAAGUGUGUGUCUACCAUGUGGAGGACCAAUCUGUUAGAUGGUCAUUGAUGCCACAGAGCAUGGUCCAUGUGGAGCUCUUACUGGGUCAUGUGAAGGCUUAACUACUUCUGUGUGUGUGUGUGCGUGUGUGUGUGCAUGUGUGACAGCCAUUUGCCUUUCUCACGACAGCUGCAGCAGAACUUUGCGAUUUCUUUGGUAAAGGUCUGUGGCUGGCUUGGCAUGAUAAAAAACUCCUCUGGUGUUUUCUUUUUCCACACCCGAACAUGUUUCCUCAUCAUUUUCUUGUGCAUGUGGAGAACCCUCUCUGUCCUAACUCUCCUUUUCCUCGCUUUCCUGCUGUUUGUUUAGCGGAAAAGGACAAAAGGAAAGAUCUGAUUUUGGGGUUUUCCCUUUUAAACCCCCUGCUUUCCCCAACCAUCAAGAUAGCACACCAGAAUCAAAUAACAGAGAGCUGCUCGGGGGUAGAUUCACAGACUACAGAUGACUCUCACUUGUACAGUUCCUGUGUGCGGACAAGCAGUGAUUUGGUACAAACAUUGUUGGUCAUUCAACAACAGCUCGGCUCACUCUUAAAAUCCACAGCUGUCAGCUGUUGAUGCUUGUGGUCACUCAGUUCAGAAACAGUUAGUGCGGUCUUGUUGAGAAGCUGUGGCAUCAACAUUCUGUUUUAGUUUGAAAGAUCAGACUAUGACGUACAUUUGCACUGCUGUAGGCCUAUUCUGGUUUACAUAAAAUACGAUGAAGUCAGACUGUCCUUGUAAAUCUCCUCCAUUAUUGAAAUGGACACCAGAUUAGAAUGAAAACCUCAUUUACUACUUAACAAAACUGAAGGCAUUCCAACUUCUUCAUGCUGUAACCUUUCAAAAUGCUGUUUGUAGGAAUUUGACUUCACAGUAUUGGGAUAGAAGUGAAUGAAUACUGUUGGGUUAAAGGUUUUUUUUCUCUUUCUCCCCUUUAAGAUCACCACUCAGAGAUGAUGGAGGUGGACAGAGAUGUGGAGAUCCCCCAAAGUAAAGCCAUGGUCCUGAGGGGCCACGAAUCUGAAGUUUUCAUCUGUGCUUGGAACCCGGUGAACGACCUCCUCGCCUCCGGGUCAGUAUCUCCUCAACAUCACCUUCUUCUUGUAAAGGAUCAAAGAAAGUGUCAUCUGGACCUAAACACAAUCAGUCACUAUUUAGCAUAUGAUUCCUUUAAAUUCUUUAACUGUAAUGAUCUAAAAAUACUUGAAAACAGCUGUUGUAAUUACUGCCUGGUUAAUUGAUUUUCGUUCUAAAACACUUUGCUGGCUUCUUUUCAAAAUAUUUCAGGGUUAAAAAUAGGGCUGGGCGAUAUGGCCUCAGAUCGAUAUCACAAAAUAUAUCGUGCAGUUCACCUCGAUAACGAUAAAUGGACGAUAACUACUCCACAAGCUGCUCACCCCCUCCCACAAUAACUUUGUCUACUUCAGCCGCCACUCCAGCUACUACAACUUUUGAACCGUCCUCCAUCUCUUCACCUGUCUUUCCCUUUUUGUUACGGACUGGAUGCGGUGGACUCACGUCUCUGACGUAGGACAGUGGACAAGAGACCGUAGCCUACCUACACACAUCCAAAACCAACUUAAUUUAUUUAUUUGUUUUUUGACACAGAAUAUACCGAAAUGGCCAACAUGAUGUCGGUUAUUGUCGUAAAUUUUGAUAUUUGUAAAUUAUCCGUUUAUCGUCCAGCCCUAGUUAAAAAUAGAGUUUGUUCCUCUUUUUUGGAAGAAACUGAAGCAGAACAGAUAGAAAGCUUGUUUUUAUGAGUCUCUCCUCACAGAACAUUACUUAUCAAAUAUUUGCUGAAUUAAGUCAUUGUUGUGUCAGGACAGUAUCCCCCUCCAGAUGUAGAGGAAUCUGUUUCAAUGCCCUGUUUAUGGAGAGAACCAUGGUUUGCAUUAUUUGAUGAUCCAACGUUUUUCCAGGAAAAUCUCAUGACUGAAGGCUUACUAUCCAUAAAGAAAAACAGAAUGACUCAGGGGGUCUUACUCAAAAAGACUCAACAGAUAAACCAGUCAAGUUAAGACUGAACAGCCUCAGAUUCAUGAUGGUUUCCAGUACAGCUUUUAUUCACGAGUCUUUCACUGUCUGUCAGUAGGAAGCAGUGAUUAAACUCUGCCAAAUAUAAAUAAAUGACAGACUAGAAUAAGUCAUUAUCUUUUAAAUGUGAUUAAACCUUCUCCUGCCCAAAGCAACAGUUUGGUUUGUGUGAGUGUGUUAAAACACAAAGACAAUCCUUCAGAAGUGAGUGUUCGUCGAGAUAUUUAAUAUUCAACAUUUGCCUUCUAUCAAGGGCACACCUCUCAAAAUGAGAAUGGAAAUUAAGUGAAGAUCUGCGUCUCGCGCUGCAGUCCUUUAAUUUGAGAGAAGCUGCAUGAGGGUCAAAUACCCUCACAACCCACUUAAAAGUUAAUGAGAUCUGCGCUUGUAAAAAGAUAUUUCUCUUUCAGAAGAUAAAAGCUUUGACAGGCCUUUAAAAAGCUUUGAGGUUUGACACUCGGUUUGGGUUCAGUUGUUUUUCUUUCAGACAUUAACCCUGCUCUGUUUUAAACCAGAGCUGAUUUUUCAAAUGAAAGCUGUAUUGUGUGCCUGAUGAUGGAUUGUUUUCGUGUGUGUGUGUGUGUGUGUGUGUUGUCUGGAGCAGGUCCGGGGACUCAACAGCACGGAUCUGGAACCUGAGUGAGAACAGCACAGGCGGAUCCACUCAGCUGGUUCUGAGGCACUGCAUACGGGAAGGAGGCCAGGACGUACCCAGCAACAAAGACGUCACCUCACUGGACUGGAAUGUGAGUCUGCGUGUAGUCAAACUGUAUGAUUGUGUGUCUGUUUCCGCUGAGUGCAGUUUUUAAGUAAUCCAAUCCUGCAAAAUGUGUGUGUGUGUGUGUGUGUGUGUGCUUGUACGUGCAUGUGUGUUGGACCACAGCUCUUGCUUAAGGCAUUCCUUCCGAACUUAUAUAUUUGCGGGUGAUUCACUCCCACGCAGCCAAAGGUCUUUUACACCACUCAGCUGAAAACUCUUUUUUUUUUCCCUGAUGUGUUUGAGUGAAAACACAAUGCUGCCAAAUCAGAGCGAGUAUUUUCUCAUUUAGAUCAGUCUUGUUAAAAAAAAUCAGGAAGCUCAAAUCCACUUGUGGCACAAUUAGCAAAUAAAGUCAGCUUAACCGAGAUCAAACUCAAUGAAAAUAUUUCUCUUUCUUUCAGAGCGAGGGGACGUUGCUAGCUACAGGCUCAUACGACGGCUUUGCUCGAAUAUGGACGAAAGACGGUGAGGCUCGGAGCUUCCUCUGCAUCAUAGCUUUGAGAAUUUGUACUUGCUGCAUUUUGUUGUUUUUUCUUUUCCUCACCUUUCCUUUAAGAAACAUGUUGACUUUUUACCUCCAGGACUUUACAUAGAUUCUGUAUUGAGAUCAGUGCAGUGUCAUCACAUUUGUACAUUGAAAACAGAGAGUUGGCAUUUGUAUUUGUACAUAACUAUCCAUCCAUAGAGCUAGGUGUCCACAUUUUAGCUAGCUGUUGAUGGCUGAUUUGCUUAUAUCAGGGUUCCUCCACAGUUGGAUUGUCCAUACUUGUCCAUACCCCACUUUGUAGAAUUAUUUUUGGAAAUACCUUCUUUUCUUUUUUAGAAAACAAAAUUUUUUUUAACUGUGUUACCACUGGAAACCUAAAUAUAUAUAUAUAUAUAUAUAUAUAUAUAUAUAUAUAUUUUUUUUUUUUUUUUUUGAAGACCUAUAAAAUUGAUCAAAUUACUUGCAUACUUUCCAUACUUGUAUUGGAAUCCUGUCAUAUGUUGAUAGCAUGUUUUUAAUGUUCCAUCCAUCAAAAUACAAUGGCACCAAUAUACAGUAAGCAUUAUGGUGUAAAGGGAUGUUAACCUCUAGUAUGGCCAUGAAUAUCCUAUCAGUAAGAUGUCAGUUGGAGACAGUGAUUGCUGUAAUUCAUCCCCCAAAGUUUCCAGAGCUCCAUAGCUUCUAAAAACCACGUUCCUGGUGUCUUAAAUAAGUUUUCCAUUGGGGUUUUGGCCAUUUUUAAGACACUUAAACAAGUUGAGCACCAGUGUUUUUGACAUGUUCUUUUCCAGACCUCCUCCAAGCUUCAAAAUUUUCCAUUGCUCAUAUGUUCUCGGUAUUUUCAGGUUUUUAUAAUUCCUGCCUUUUUUUGUUUGAAAAACUGCUCUUUAGUCUGAAAUAAUUAAGUUUUUUUUUUUUGCAGGCAACCUGGCCAGCACUUUAGGUCAGCAUAAAGGUCCUAUAUUUGCACUCAAGUGGAAUAAGAAAGGAAACUUCAUCCUUAGCGCUGGUGUCGACAAAGUAAGACACGCUGAUUUCAAUUCUGCCUUUUAGAGUUGAAUACGUGAGAUGAACGCUGCAGGGGUGACCUUGUCAGAUAGCAGCUUAUUCUUUAUUUAGAGUGACCUGUAUUGAAAUGUGUCAAAUCACCAUGGAAACCAGGUGUUUAGGCGAGAUGUUGCACACUACAGGAUGAUUCUAACAGAUAUCAGUUUGAAAAGAGAGGUUGGCUAGGGAAAAAAAUGCUUUUACAGCUGCAGGGUAAGAUGAACAACUGUGUUUCAUGAAAGCAGCAGCUUAUUGACUGGGAAACACAGUUUGUAUAUUUUCCAUUAGUUUUAAAUGAAAAAACUUAAAUGUAAAAAUUUCAAUGGUACUAAUAAAUUCAUGGGAAUUGCAACCAAACUCUGCUUUUAGCUAUCGUCAUCUUGAUUUGUCCUUGAGGGAUUUAUGCCUGUAAUCUCAUAAAUCGCUCCUUUAAAUAUGACUUUUACAGGUUUUUUUGGAUGGUCCCACAGCUGCAGUAUAAAACAGAUGUGGUCUGUGUAGUUUGGUUGAUGUUAGAUAAACACAUGAAUAUAUGAUAUAUAUUUUUUUUCAAUCAAUUUUGCCUUAAAAGGCAAAGCAAACCAGGCAGACAUGCUCACGUUCUGUCACACAAUGACAGCAAUUCAUAGACAUGGUUGAACAUUGCCAUCUAGUGUUCAGAAAUAUUAUAACAUGCUGUGUCACCUUCUGCAGUUUUACUCUUGGGUUUCUCUGAGCUGUAAAAAAAGACCUUAGAUAUGUUUGAUAAAUUACCCUACCCAAAUACAACCUCUUCUAUCCGUUCACAUCAUUCAGGUCGAUUGAGUGUGACUUUUUAAUUAUGAUGACCAGAGCACUUUUUCUGUGUUUGAUUUCCUAUGAGGCAAAAAUCUUGUUACAUAGCACUAACAAACAAUGAAAAUCUCUUUUUUUUUAAUACAGACUACAAUUAUUUGGGACGCCCACACAGGAGAGGCAAAACAGCAAUUCCCUUUCCAUUCGGGUGAGUGACAGAAGUCAGCUGCAUUGUUCCACAUUACAUGUCACUCAGGAGUCUUUCUGCUUUCAGACAGAUGUAAACUUUUGCUGAACUCUUGUGAGACGAUAAAAAGUUAUAUCUCCUCAUAUUGAGACUGAUCAUUUUGACUGCUAUAUUCUUCUCUACCUAUCUUAUAUAUAAAAUAUACAGUUAUAUGCCAUUUGCUUGAAAUGAGUGUGACAGAGAAGGGAGACCCAUCUCUAUCAUAGACAAAGAAUAUAACCCAAGAGUAUAGUUAUAGAUGAUAAUCAGAUUUGUGUGAAAAUGAGAUUUUUUUUUUUUUUUGUCCCCCCGCCUCCCGACAGCUCCUGCUCUGGAUGUGGACUGGCAGAGCAACAACACAUUUGCCUCCUGCAGCACAGACAUGUGCAUCCAUGUGUGUAAGCUCGGUCAGGACAGACCUGUCAAGACCUUCCAGGGACACACGGUGAGACAGGAGUCUUUUGUGGGAGCUACUGUGUGACAGGGACACGGAAACCCUCCUCUGAACUAAUAAUACACUGGUUCUUGAAGCUCUGUGGAACAGCUGAUAAACAUUCUGGCCCUGAGUCAGUGUAGCUUUUGAUGAAAGUCAUGACCUGCCUUACAUAACUCUGUUAUUUCAGUGUCAGCAAUAUUUUUGUUAAUCCCGUUGUUCCCUUUGUUUGUCAGUAAAGAUAUGCUGUAUUCUUGUGCUCAAUGUAGAACGAGGUAAACGCCAUCAAGUGGGAUCCCACUGGUAGCCUACUGGCCUCCUGCUCUGAUGACAUGACACUGAAGGUUAGUCCACACAACACUUACAAGGGUUUUCCCAGCUCACAGUGGGCCUUUGGGAAACUUCUAAUCACAGCUGUAAGCAUUUUGAGUCCACUCACACCACAGACACCAAAGGUUUGUGUUACUUUUUCUGAUAGACAAUUUCAGAUUCGUCAUUUCAUAAAUUUCAGUGAUGUUAUGGUAAGAAGACUAAAAAAUGUAAUUCUCAAUUUGAAAAAGAUGGAUGAACUGGAAAGUCUUUCUUACACAUGUAGUGGGAUUUGUCAAUGGCUGAAUGUAAAUACAACCCAGACACUCCACCCACAGCUCUAUAGUUAAUAUACAGUCGGAUUUUUUCAGAAUAGGUCACCUAUCACUAAAUUAUUUUCUCUUUAGUACUGCCAUAACUUAGGCUCCUGUAGUUCCUUUUUAAAAGUAAGCAUGCUUUUAUUUUGAAAGGACAUAAAAUGUACCUCAACCAGAUACCAAAGUUGCAUUAGUAUUAGAAAACAACUCAAAGAACAGUUGGCAGUAAAAAAAAAUAAAAAAGAUCCUGGAGAGGUAUAAGCUGUGAUGUUGUUGCUCAUGUUCUCUCUCUUUGAUACUGCAGUGCAGGUGUGUAGAGUCACUACACUGGUUUGUUGAUUGCUAACGGCAAUCUUAUAUGAACUAAGAAAAUGCUAAUGUGGUUUGUAAAUAUACUUGAACAGGUUAGACUUGAUUUUAUCUCAUAGAAACAAAGGUUUCAAUUUAUUUAUUUUUUUAUCCCUGAUGUGUAGCGAUUGGUUAGGGGACAACACCUCUACACAUUCUUUCAGAAAGAAUUGAGAGAUUGUGUGAUUGUGUGUGAAUGCUGCUCGGGCUGAGCGCCAGGCACUCUGUCAAACAGACACCAACCUGCAGCUCUCCAUACAUCCAUGAGACAGAUAGAGCAGCAGUGAGGUGGCAAAAGUGAUGGUUGCUGUGGUUUUUAUAGGGUUAUAGUGUUUUUUUUUUAAUGAAAAAAGACAAGGACUUCUUGCUCCUGUUGAUGCCAGCUAGACCCCCCAGGCUCUGUCAAAAUGCCACAGCUUAUACAAAAGCAGCUGCAUGUGUGUAUAAUACAGCAUUUGAGAAAAGAAGGACUCUGACAUCCCAGAGUAAUAGAUCCAGUUAGUGGUUUGUGUUCUGCUACUUCAGCAGUUUUUUAAUAAAUUGCCUUUAAAGACAGGCUGAGAGGAUUUGAUUCAUUCUUGUCUCUGUAAUUUCUUUUCAUUUUGGCACUAGUGGUUUAUCCUUGGCACAGGCUAAAACCGCCAUGAAAGAUGGCAAAAGUUCCUCAGUACAGAGAAGACCCUGCUACAUGUGUAGAGCAUGUUAUUAACUGGCCAAGAUACCCACAAACACAGUGGGUCUUCUUCAGAACAAAUCUGGAUUAGAUUUAUUGAUCUGCUUUGUAAAGGCUGGCUGGCUUGUCUUAUUCUGUUAUAGAUAUGGAGUAUGAAGCAGGACUCGUGUGUCCAUGACCUCCAAGCCCACAGUAAAGAAAUCUACACCAUCAAGUGGAGCCCUACAGGCCCCGGGACCAACAACCCCAGCGCCAACCUCAUGCUGGCCAGGUAAGAGCACAGAGCACCACCUGAACACCAGCCUCUCCCUGAAGAGAGAGCUUAUUCAAUCCCUGUUUAUUUGACUUAGGGAUGGACGAUAAAUGAUCGUUACUGUAUACAUAUUGCAUAUUUUAAAUAUUUCUUUAUUUUUACUUAUUUUAUCUAUUUAUUUAUCUCCUCUUUCUACUGUAUUUGCACUGGAGUUACUGUCACAAAAGCAAUUUCCCCCUGGGGAUUAUUCAAGUAUUUCUGAUUCUGUCAGAAAAUUCCUCCAUGUUAAAUAUUUGCCAUCCCACGAUAAACAAGUGCUAGCAGCGGACUUGCAGCCGUAAUCCACACAGAGCAAGAUUGGGGUUUGUCUGACAUCGGACAGUGGAUCUGCUGCUGUUCACGCUGUGCAAUAAGAGUUUUCAGUGAAUGUUGGAAGUGUUUAACAUUUCAUUAGUUUUCUCUAUAACCUACCACUUAAACUUGUGGUUAAGUAUCUGAGACAGAAUGAGUCAAAAACAUGGAUAGGAUUUAUAAUAUUUUUUAUCGGGACUUUGAUUGUUCUCGCCAGAAUGGCAAAACUUAUCAUGAUACAUUUUUUAGCCCAUAUUGCCCAUUUCUAAUUUGACUUCUUAUGUUAGAUGGACUUCUUUUUAUUAAGAUACAAACACUGUGUGGUAUUCCUCAUUCUUAAUCUAUGACAUUAAAGAGACAAUCUGCUGUUUGGAAAUCCUUUUGUGAUCCUAUAUUCAUGAAUAGAUUCUGGCACGGCAGAGUUAUUGAUCUACAAUCACUUUUAAGAGAUUUCUUUCAUGGUUCACGUUUCCAGGGCAGCCCCAUUCCCUGAUAAAAGUUUAUCAAUAAACUGUUUGAUAACUGACCUCAGGGCUGCUGCUCAUAAAAAAGUCUGUUGACUUCAUCUUUGGAGACAGUUCCUCCUGCUGCUACUGGCUAACACAGGUUGUGAGUCUCCACCUUUAUAGACUGAAUGUUUUUCAAAAGCACCUGUGAAAGAUGCCACAGUGGCUCAAAUGAGCCUGAAGGAAUGACAGGGUCAAGCAGAAAGGAGCAGACAUCUGAUCUGAACAGCCCCUAAUAUCCUGAGCAGAAAAAAACUGACAGUCAUCUAUAAUAAAUACAUCUAUCAUAAUAAAUAUCCACAAGGCUGUAGUAUCCUUCAUGAUAAGGUGACUAUAGACUUAAAAGGACCCGCAGAGACGGUUAGCUAGCAGUGUUUCCCCUGGAAUUUUUGAAGCAGUGGUGCAGGGAUUUCUGCUGUUACCCCCACUCUCUUGCCGCUCAUAGAGCUACGCUGUUACGUUCACAUUUGGUUACGUUACCUGCGCUACUUGCUAUGUAGACCGUGUAUAAUCUUGAAUGUGACCCUUCACAUGAAUGGAAGAGGGUCCGACAGGAUUUGAUGCGCUCGUUGAUGACUCAAAACAAGUGGAAAAUAACUUUGUGUGUUGUUGUGCUCACACAGUGCGAGUUGAAAUCAUUAGUAGCGCAUUGAUAUUAAUGAUCAUGUAAAAAUUCAGUUGCGGUGCACGUAAUUCAGCAGCGGCAGAAACAUUGAUUAGGGAGAUGAUCGGUAUGUUCAAAGAAUUUUUAUCUGAUAUUUUUCUGAGACAUGUUUUCAGUAGAGUCUUUCCUUUAAAUUGUCAUGUGGGAUUUUUAUUUCCUAAAUCACAAGUUUGAUACUUUGCAGUUUACUCAACAGAUACCCAACAUUGAGGUGCUUUCUCUUCUCUUCUCUUCCCUUUUUUUGUAGUGCAUCAUUUGACUCAACAGUGCGUCUCUGGGAUGUGGAGCGUGGAGUGUGUAUCCACACACUGACCCGCCAUCAGGAGCCCGUCUACAGCGUGGCCUUCAGCCCUGACGGCAGGCACCUUGCCAGCGGCUCAUUCGACAAGUGUGUCCACAUCUGGAACACUCAGGUCUUGGAUAAUUCUUUCAAUCACAACCCCAGCGGUUAUAAUCUCUCACCAUUAUAUUCACACAAAGGUUCUAUAAAUGCACUCGUGUUGCUUUGCUCAUGUGCUGUUUGUUUGUUUGUUUGUGUUCCCUCAGACUGGUGCUUUAGUUCACAGCUAUCGGGGGACAGGAGGGAUCUUUGAGGUCUGCUGGAACGCCACAGGGGACAAAGUAGGAGCCAGCGCGUCAGAUGGAUCGGUAAGUUGCGCUGCCUGAAUGCUUCACAUGCUUCAUCGUGACUAUUGACUGUAGCUCAAGCUUUUUGUCUUUGAGUAAGUCUGACAAAAGACUGCUAACCCAGAAAAAGUGCAGGUCAGUCAAGUGUGUUCAAGGUUUGUUGGGCAUACUGACACCAUUAAACACCUCUGCUCAGAAUCAGAGGUCUGUUAGGGAGAAAGUUUAGUGCUUGACACACAGUGUGGGACAAUCUCAGGAGAGCUGAGUGAGUUUGUGCACUAAAGAUGUGAUAUUUCAGAGCAGUUGGGGUUAUGAUGGAAGCUUACACUGAGCUUAGAGAAGAACAAGGAGCCUAAAAAUAUAUUGGUUUUAAAAUGUUUGACACUGUUAGGAAAAUAUAAAUAUCUAUAUCGGUAAAUAUCAGUAAAUAUCAAUAAUAAUUUUCUACCAAAAGGUCAAUCAGUCAAUGAAUUAAAUCAAAUUUUAUUUAUAUAGCGCUAAAUCACAACAGUCGUCAUCCCGAGAAAAAAAGAGCAGGUCUAGACCACGCUCAUCAGGGCUUGACACUAACUUUUUUCACAAGGAGCGCACAUGCUUCUAACUUGAAAAAGUAAGGAGCACACAAAGAACUUUAGGGACACAAUGAAAAUUGAUCAAAUAAUGUGUGUCUUAUUGGUCGACAUAAGUACUAUUAUUUGAAAUCAAUUUUAGGUCAGUUGGUCACAUGAGAUUGAAGCAAUUAAAGAAAAUGUUCAAAAUUUACCUCUCAUUUAAACACAAAAAUGUUUAGAGGACAAAUUAGGGAAAUAAAGAGGAGUGUCUUACUGUCCGAACCUUUGUACUAUUAUUUGAAAUCAGUUUUAGGUCAAUUGGUCACAUGACAUGGAAGCUAUUGAGGGAAACAGCCUUUACUGAGAACAUCAACUGGUAAUUUAUUGAUGGUCCCUUAUUCAACACCAGCCGUUGACAGCAAGGAUGCCGAGUAGAUUUAAUCACACUGCUGCUGCUAUUCCCGGUUAUUGAGAGUGAGACGACAGCGGCAGAUCCAGAGAAUGUUUGUCGAAUAUCCGACCUAAAACUAACUUCACUGCGGUAUUUACAUGAAAAAACGUGUUGCAUCAGCAGAUUUUUUAAAGCGCACAUGUGCCCCUAAAUACAUUUUACAAUUCGAACACAUCUAUUUUUAGUCCCAAAGGUGAGUGAAACGGUUGCAGUGUCGAGCCCUGCUCAUUGUUUGAUGAAUUACAAAUCACAAACAAUUAAAAAAAUAUCCAGAAGAAUAAAUGAAAAAUCUGAAAGAAGAGGGGAAAGGUUACUGGUUAAUCAAAUCACUCACUCACUCACUCUUCAAAGUACGUCUCUUAGUAUCAGGGAUAAGGAGAUUGUCUGGGAUGAAAGCACCUGCUGCAGCGGACAUAUUUCAUUUCAGCUGAUAGUCGAGACACAGAGAGGUGGUCUAAGGACAAGUAUCUGAAUGUCAGCUAGGUUCCUGUUUAAUACCAGUGACAAUCUGUAGAGAGGACUGAUGGCUGCAGUCCACUGCUGCUUACAGCUGAUCAGACCAAACUGGAGCGCACUGGAUUUGAAACUAAGGUUAGAUAAGGUCCAACAGCAAGGAAAUCCAGGCUCUUCAAACCUCUGGUGCAAUUUUGUUUCAUUUCAUUGUAUUUUUAACAACACAUCGUAUUUUCUAUUACAGUACAAAAAAAGGUAGAAGUAGGUAGUAAAAUAAAAAAGGAAGCACAGCAGUCAGUCCUUUCAGAGACGCAGCGAGUUUCCUCAGCAGGUUUAAUCCAUGCUCAUCAUGCCUUGCUUGGCUCUUUGCGCAAACAUAAAUAAAAGAUCAUAGCAGGAAAUCCUCCUAUGAUAACUACUAUUUGGUAUUAAAACUGUGUCCCUUUUUUCUCCAAAUGUUUUUUUUUUUUUUUGUUAAGGGGGGUUAGGAUUAUUCCCCCACACUGCUUCAGUCCCUGUUUGUGUCAACACCGUUCAACCCAGGAAGGGUCUGUCUGUGUGUCUCUGUUAACACUUCAAACAUGAGUGUCUCUUAAAGAAGGACAUGUGAAGUAGCAGGAGGGAAAAAGAUUACAGCGUUUUUUCCUCAAGGAUAUCAGACAAAGAAUUCAGGAUUUCAGAGUCAAAAUGCUGGAGUGUAGCAGCAAUGUCUCCAAACGAGCAUGAACGGCAUGUUUUCAACCGCUCAUGUGUCACACUCAAUCUCCCAUGAACUUUAGGGAGAAGACACUCAAGAGUGACAUUUUUAUUGUUGUUCAAAUGAAUCGGUCAAGAGGCGUGAUGAGUCCUGCUUCAUCCACAGCAGUUGAUGGUUCACUUCCCGUCAUCCCUUUUCCUGUCUUUCUGUCAGCUGUACCAACCCAAAAAGGCACUAAAGGCAAAAGUGCUUGACAAUAACUUGACUGAAAGCUUUCUGAGUGACUUAAAAUGAAAAUAAAAUCAAGCAAAAGCUUUUAGUGUCAAAGGGACUAGACUCUCAAGUAAGUGAUGACUGAAGUGGGAAAGUGUCUCUGCAGAGAGAGAGUGUUUUCGUCUGACUCCUUCAUAUUGUUUUUUCAGGUUUGUGUAUUAGACCUGAGGAAAUGACACUCGACUUGGGGAGCCAUGGACCGACUACGAAUGUGUACAUAGCCAAAAUGACUGAGUGUCCCUGCCUGUCCGCCACACUGCUGUAGUCCCAUCAGGUGCCAUGGCCCGCCACUAGAGCCAAACGGAGCCCCAAGCAUCCCCCCUCCACCUCUUCAUGUGUACACACAAGGACACACCUUCACCACACACCGUUGUUGUGCACAUGCGUCAGACAUGCAACAGGUGUGUUCUGACACGUGUGCCACUCUCACAGACCUGCAGGGGAGAAACACGUCUCCUGUGCCACACUGUACAAACUUGUUGGACCCAUCACAUUUAAACCAAAACACCAGGAUCCGCCCUGAUUUCCUCUUUUUAUCCCCACACACAUUCGAGGUUUCUGUUGGUGUGUGCAUAUUGCAUAUGUCAGCAUCCGGCGUCCUGUGGACAGUUGAGUUUGAGUUGGGAUUGUACUGAUCUGUGGGGAUUUGAUAUUUCAUGCUGGGUGGGAGAGAAGGGGAGGGAAGGGGGUGUUUGUUCGUUAGGAUGGGUGUUUCAAUCUGUUUAUUGGGAGAUCCAUUCGUCCACUUCUAGGCACUCAUGAAGGCUAAAACACGCAGAUGUACAGCUCAAUGAGGUAGAAUCACUGCAAUCCGAUUUUUAUUCAAUGGAUUAGUUUCAUUCUUGCUUUUUUUUAUAACUAAGUAUGAAGCAGCAGGAAAACAAGUCCUUUGCCCUCGCAACUUUUAUCCUCAGAAAUGGUUUUUCAGGUGUUGAUCAGGUUAAUACAGAGCUCAAAAGAAUCUUAAACCUUCAGGCUGAGAGAGAUAAUCUAUAGCUGUUAAACACCGUGUGGAUCUCAUGUUCAUACUGCGUGCUGGUCAGAAAGACUUCAACGCCUCAGGUUUCUGUCACCGAGAACUUCCUGGAUCCAAACGAACAGACGGCUGUGCUCCUGUGUCAGCGGUGAGGUAACGGCACAGGAAUAGAUAGAUUUCUGGUGCCAGUCACAGUUUGUAGGACCUAUUGGAAAGAGAGAGAGAUAGAGGAAACCAGGCCUGUGACGGCUCACAUCCAUCUACCUAAACAAUUAAUGCUCUUAAUUCUGCUCAUUUCCUCCAUUAACGUCUUGUUGCCAUGUAAUGCUGAACGGUAAUCAGACUAAGCCUCUCUAAUUGUGUCCUGUUUUCCCUCCACGGUCAUUAAACAUCAGGAUAUCAUAUGGAGUAUCACUUCCUCGGUAGAACACAGGCUUUCUGAUGGCGCCUUUAGAAAACUCAGCUCACUGCUUAACUUAUUGACAACACUCAAGGUCAUAUCACAGUUUGUCACCUCGAACAGUAGAUGCAGUCUCCCCAAAAUGUCCAAAUUUGGCUUUUAAAUUUGCAGCUUUCAUGUGCAGCACUGAAUUUGGUGAAACUACAGGGGAAGCUUUUUUGAAGACAGCCGAUGUCCAGCAAACACCCACACACACACACACACACACACACUUAUUCUCUGGAGACGGGCUGAGUUCAGGCCUAUGCAUCGAUAGACUGCGCUUUUGUUUGUAGAGUUCAGAGGUGGCGUUUUGAGGCAAGUCCGCUUCCUGUUUUAGGCAGACUGGCAGCGUAUGACUGUAAUGUAACAUGCAUAUGAAAUAAAUCUAUAUAUAUAUAUAAAUAUAUAUCUGUGCUACCACAGGGGAUUCUUUUAUAAGCCACUCUUACGCUAAGAGUGGGUGUUUCAGUUACUUUACAAAAACGCUUGAAGUACAGUAAGUGAUGUUUUUGAGCAUCACUAGAGGGCGCAGUCAUGAGGAAUGUUUUUUUUUUUUUAAUUUUAUAAAAUACCAUUAAACAGUCAUAGAAAACAGAAAAAAAACAGCCCUUUCAACGGGGGUUCUUUCCUGCACUUUAGAUUAAAACGGGGAAACAGGGAGGUGUGUUAGCCACCGUAGACACAUCUGUUUAAAAUGCUCUUAAUAAUAAACUCGACCUAAUGCAGAAAGUGUGCAGUGUAUGCUGGGUAAUAAGGGUCUACUCGAACUUUAAUCAAAACCAAGCCAACUUCAUGGCAUUCCAGGUCUCAUCUCGCUAACAGCUGGAUACACACAAACACACACACACAAACACACACGCGCGUAUAUGUCACCGGACAUUUCAGAGGUCUCCUUCAGAAUGUUUGUUGUUUUAAAAAUUUUGUACUGAAGCUAAAGACUAUAUUUGAAGUUUGCUUUAAUACAGUCAGCAGUGAUCAGACUGUACUACAAAGACACUAUUUCAAUGAUGUCUAUGACAGUGGAAUGGUAUUUUAUAAUGUUUUGUUUUUAGACAAGAAGCUUUUUACACUGCAUUCAAGUGUGUUUGCUAUUUUUGUUCCUACAAAAGUACUAAUGUUCAUUCUAUCUUUGCUAUGUUGGAGAGUCCUUGAAGGUUUUGUACUUCUCAAAACUUUUGUAAUCUUGAUUUAUUUGUAGCUACAUACACCAAUUGAACAAAAAAAGAUAUAAAAAAAAAACCUGAUUGGAUUUCAUUGUUGAUGUACAAUAACAGAACAUGUAAAUACCAAUUCGCAGUUUUUUUGUUGUGUUGUCUUUGCCCACACCUUUGUCUCUUUCUCUCUCACUCACAUGGUUGCAGCUUGCAGCCUCCUGAUCUGACUGUUGUAAUAUCACUCAGAUUUCAAGGUCUAGAAUAAAGUCUAUUUUGAUAAUAUUAAUGUUUGAUUGUUUGCUUUUUAUUUUCCACUGCUGCAUUAACGCCUCCUGUUUGUUAAAGGCGUGUCUGUGAGUAGAAAGCAACGGAUGAGACAAACCCAAACUGCAGUGUCAUGCAUGCACUAAUGGACAAUCUGAUUCGAAGCUUUCAGCUUCAUGGCUCUCAAGAUAUUAAUAUAUCCAUCCAUCAUUAUAGUCAGUAAAAAAACUUGAACAGUCCAAGAAAUAUUGUGGUUAUUGCAAUUAAAUUAGGUGUUUUUGUUCUGGUUCUGUCAUGCUUCACAGCUUCUUGUCCUCAAAGGCCACUGCAGUUUCUCUGAUAAGAGCUUUGAGCAGUUAAGCACUUGUAUGUAAAUUCUUACCGUUUGAUACUCCCAUUUCUACACACUGUAGCUGUAACAUUUCCAUUGCCUCACAGAGCUGCUGAUAUGGAUGUGGACUGUUAACCUUGUUGAGCUGGCGAACAGGAAACCUCCUCCUCCUCCUCCUCCUCCUCCUCCUCUCUGCUAUCACAGUGUGCGGUUUAAACUGCUGAAAAAGUUCAGCAGGGUAAAGGUUCUACUGGCAGCCUUUUUAAAUGUCAUGUAAAUUAUGAAGCACUUAAAAGUGACAGAGAGGAGUUCAUCUCCUGGUUCCAUCGAUUUUCACACAUUUUAUACUUAUUUUUCUGUCACUUUUGUCACCAGAGCUGCUGUCUUUCCUGUCUCCAGAUUUUAUUUUUUAUGGAUAGUGUAUGUGGGUUCAACCUCAUAAAGCUCCCAUCCCUCUAAAAUACAGGGCUUUGAGUCAGACAAAAGUAUAUCAACUGUGGGACAAUGAACCGUCAUGAUUCAGCCUGAAUCAUGCACCUUUGAAGGCAUUAAGACCUUCACUAAAAUCUAAAACAAAAUGUGCGGCUUUGAGAAAAUUUGAUAAGGCAAGCUUCUCCCAGGGUUUAAAUGCUUGAUAAAAAAGUCACUUUAUUUCUGACCUUGGAGAAAUCUGAAAGGUCCUACCUGCAUUUCUGUUUCUCAGUCAAAACAUGUUGUGUUGCCCCGCAUGUUGAAGGAUCAGGGUUAGGGUCAGGAUUUCACAAAGCAGGACUGACUGACUGAAUGGCUGGAUGGAAAAUGCUAAAUUCAG